AUGCCAGAGAUGAUCGACUUUUUCGAACAACAACAACAACCGAAUAGGACGAUGAGAAGAUGUGGUCCAACGCCAGCUUUGACAAUAAUCCAGCGCUUCACAAUCAAGCUGCGAAGAAGAAGAAGCCCGUGGCUUUUAUAUGGACGUAGAGAAGUUCUGCAAAGAAGAGUAUACCUUCUACUGUUGGUGAUUUCAAUGCCAAAACUGGUCCGAGAAGAGCGAAUGAGGAACUUCACAUCGGGACCCACCACUGCGAAGAAACGAACAGGGGGAGAGGCUUUCCGUGUCUACGCCGGACGUGGGUUUCACCCAGUGGAGCGCACUAUUCUUAAAAGGUUUUGCCUGACAGAUGUUGCUGUUGUGCCAAAGUUUUAUACUGGAUCGGACCAUCGCCUCUUCCGGAAGUAUCGCUACGCUAGCAAGCUUUUGAGAAGAUUCCGCAAUGGACAGCACGAGAAAUACGAUCGGCUCGUUGAACAUCUUCAUGACUCAGAGAUCUAA